AUGAAGGAUAUGCGCACCUCAGUUAAGAUUGGUGUAAGGUGGACUGAUAGUAUCGAAGAAUUCCUUGCUAAGAUCCAAAAUAGCAGCACGAAUAUCGCUAUUGAAGCCGCAGUUAUAGCCGGUAAAUACCAAGAGAAAAGGAUUGAAGUCGCGGACCAAUACAAACACUUUGAUGAAAUAAUAACCAAAACCCGCACCGACAGGUCGUAUGCUGGGGUUGUCGGUCCAGGUACAGAAAUAGUACAGAGUACAGAACAGGUACAAAACGCAACAGUCCGUGCUACCGAUAAUUUCCCUGCAUUGACGGCUGUGCAAAGACCAAGAGCAAGGAAAAAACCUCAGGCAAUCAAAGAGAGAGACAAAAUCGAAAAAGCCAAAAAUAUGCCAGUCAAACCGGUAUUCAUAGGCUGCACCGAGGACAUUACAGUCGAUAAUAUAUGGGACGCAGUUAAGUCAGUCACAAAUAAACCCAGGAUCAAUACAUGCAAAAAGAUGGCAUCAGGACAAAUCUUUGUUGCCAGUUCGGAUGAAUGUACUCAGAUUAAUGCACUCAGAUCUAUGAAAGACGCGGUUACAGAAGUCGAACCAAGGAAACCAAGGAUCAGACUAAAAGGCAUACCUCUUGAGUACGAGGUACCCUUCAUCCAGGAAGCAUUGAUAAACCAGAAUCCAUCUCUUGAGUCUAUGAAUAAAGAAGACAUCAACCCGCUCUUCAGGUGCGGUAAGCGCGACCCGGAUAUCGGUGACUGGGUCAUCGAAGUGUCACCCAGUAUACAUAAGGCCAUCGCUGGCAAAAGGACCUGCAUAGGAAUGGUGUCCACAUUCCCAACAACAUUCAUCGACCCGCCACAUUGCAGUAAGUGCUUAAGGGUCAAUCACGCAACGGGCCACUGCAAAGAAGCCAGCAAGUGUUUCCACUGCGCUCAACCAGGACAUAAUAAGGCCGACUGUCCGAAUAAGGACAAACCCCCGACCUGUGCCCAGUGCGGCGGUCCGCAUAGAUCGAUCUCAUCAAGUUGCCCAAUCUGGGCGAAGAGAGCCAGAACAGUUCAAAUGCGUACCCAAUACGAAGAAUAG